AUGGGGAUGUGGGCAUUGCUGGACGCGAUGUGGGAGAUGCCGGCCGAGAAGCGUAUCUUCGGGGCCGUGCUGCUUUUCUCCUGGACAGUGUAUCUCUGGGAGACCUUCCUAGCACAGCGGCAGAGACGGGUAUAUAAAACUACAACUCAUGUACCGCUGGAGUUAGGACAGAUCAUGGAUUCAGAAACAUUUGAGAAAUCUCGACUGUAUCAGCUGGAUAAAAGUACUUUCAGCUUCUGGUCAGGACUCUAUUCAGAGGUUGAAGGCACUCUUAUUCUUCUCUUUGGAGGAAUUCCGUACCUCUGGAGACUCUCAGGGCGCUUCUGUGGUUAUGCUGGCUUUGGACCAGAAUAUGAGAUCACUCAGUCCUUGGUGUUUCUGCUGUUGGCUACACUUUUCAGUGCAUUGACUGGUUUGCCAUGGAGUCUUUAUAAUACUUUUGUGAUAGAAGAAAAACAUGGUUUCAAUCAACAGACUUUGGGGUUCUUCAUGAAAGAUGCAAUCAAGAAAUUUGUUGUGACUCAGUGCAUUUUAUUACCUGUAUCUUCACUUCUACUUUACAUUAUUAAAAUUGGGGGAGACUAUUUUUUUAUUUAUGCCUGGCUGUUCACGCUAGUUGUGUCUCUGGUGCUUGUCACCAUCUAUGCUGAUUACAUUGCCCCUUUAUUUGACAAAUUCACCCCUCUUCCUGAGGGAAAGCUGAAACAAGAAAUCGAAGUCAUGGCGAAAAGUAUUGACUUCCCUUUGACUAAGGUGUAUGUUGUUGAAGGAUCUAAACGCUCUUCCCACAGCAAUGCUUAUUUUUAUGGCUUCUUCAAGAACAAGCGAAUAGUUUUGUUUGACACUCUACUAGAAGAGUAUUCUGUACUAAACAGAGACAUCCAGGAGGAGUCUGGCAUGGAACCCCGCAAUGAUGGAGAAGGGGACAGUGAAGAAAUAAAAGCUAAAGUUAAAAAUAAGAAACAAGGGUGUAAAAACGAGGAGGUGCUUGCUGUACUAGGCCAUGAACUGGGGCACUGGAAGUUGGGACACACAGUCAAAAAUAUCGUUAUUAGCCAGAUGAAUUCUUUCCUGUGUUUUUUCUUGUUUGCUGUAUUAAUUGGUCGAAAGGAGCUGUUUGUUGCAUUUGGUUUUAAUGACAGCCAGCCCACUCUGAUUGGACUAUUGAUCAUCUUCCAGUUUAUUUUUUCACCAUAUAAUGAGGUUCUUUCUUUUUGCCUAACAGUCCUCAGCCGCAGAUUUGAGUUUCAAGCCGAUGCAUUUGCCAAGAAACUUGGGAAGGCCAAAGACUUAUAUUCUGCUUUAAUCAAACUAAACAAAGACAACUUGGGAUUCCCUGUUUCUGACUGGUUGUUUUCCAUGUGGCACUAUUCUCAUCCUCCACUAUUAGAGAGACUUCAAGCUCUGAAAAAUUCAAAACAAGACUGAG